AUGCACCACAUUUUGUCUGAACUCUGUGCGCCCCAGUUCAGCAAGUUGGCACCAGGGGCUGGCAGUCCCCCAGGCGCCCACGUCGACCCCAGUAUAAUUCUACAACGUCACCUGUUCUGUGCUAUAGAGGUGAUGCACUUCUUACUAAUGCGUGUCACAGCGGUGACUAUCGCGACACUUAUAAUAGAUAUAAUUAUCCCGCUCUUACAUCCAAGAAACCAUUAG